AUGGUACCUGGAGCUCCGGCAGCAAUGCUCCCUGCCUCUGAAGCAGCUAAAAUCUACCAGACUAACUACAUCAGGAACUCUCGUGCUAUUGGAGUCCUGUGGGCCAUUUUCACAAUCUUGUUUGCUAUUGUGAACGUUGUGUGCUUUAUUCAGCCGUACUGGAUAGGUGACGGUAUCGAUACCCCCCAGGCCGGUUACUUUGGCCUUUUCCAUUAUUGCAUUGGAAAUGGAUUGUCCCGGGAUCUGACCUGUAAAGGUAGUUUCACUGAGUUUGGCUCUAUUCCUUCGGGUGCUUUCAAGGCCGCAUCCUUUUUUGUCGGAACGUCCAUGGUUCUUGUGCUGUCCUGUAUUGGCUGUUUUGCACUAUUCUUCUUCUGUAGCACUCUCACCGUUUACAAAAUUUGCGGCUGGAUGCAGCUUGGCUCUGGUGUGUGUCUGGUGCUGGGCUGCAUGAUCUACCCUGAUGGUUGGGAUUCGGAUGAAGUGAGACGGCUGUGUGGAGAGCAAACAGGCAAAUAUACCAUAGGCGCCUGCUCUGUUCGCUGGGCCUACAUCCUAGCCAUCAUGGGCAUUCUGGACGCACUCAUCCUCUCGUUCUUGGCAUUUGUGCUGGGCAACAGGCAGGAUGGGCUGAUGGCUGAAAAACUUCUGGCUGAGAGCAAGGAAGGUGGAACUGCCUAAAAAAAUGUAGUAGGAAGAUCAUCUUUCAUCUUUGCAGAAGAAAAAAGGAUGGAAGGCCUGCAAAUCAAGGAUCCUCCCAUCGUCCAUCAAGUGCCCGUUACCCCUUAAGACAUUGGGCCUCAUUCACUAACCAUUCUUUAAAAGAAAUUUCUUCUUAUAACCCACUUAUGCAGUUUUAUGACAUUCACCAAGGUUUUUUUUAUUUGGGAUUUGUUCUUAGGUAAGUACAGAAUCUACAACACUCAAGAGCAUAAAGGUGCAGUCACCAUGCCAUGAACCUGACGUAGACUUCUUGAGGACCAUCCUGAAGAACAAUUUAAAUAAAAAACUUAUGAAGAUAUUGGUGAAUGAGGCCCAUUGUAUCUACAUAUUUCAGACCUCUAAGAACCCUUAUUCAUCUAUUCAUUUAGCACAAGUCUAUGAUAAUACUGACUGGAGAAAGUUUUGGAGGACCAGGAAAGAAAAGAGGGAAACAUUUUAUUUUUCCUUAUUUGGUGACCAGAGAAAACAUAUAUGUAGGUGAUAACACACACCAAAAUGUACUGAGCUUUUUAACUUUUUCAUUGUGUACAUUAAUAGACAGUGUUCACACAGCCAAAAAUACAUAUUAACAUGCAUUUGUAUUUGAAUGGUUCACUCUGUAUCUACCUGAUGGCCUCUUAACCUAGAUACCCAGUCAAACACUGUGACAUUAUAAGGUAAUUCAUAAGAUUAAGUAUAAAAAGAAUUACAACAAUGCACAGGUUUUUCUUUUCGUUUAGUGUAGUACUGUUUUACUAAAUGUUUUGUAUUAUGGUAUAAACAAACCUUAGUAGUAAUCACUUGGAUUCAAACGUUUGACAAUCCUUAUUUUUAAAAAAUCAUUUGCCUACACUCUCAAAAGUGAUGGUUCUUCAAGGGUUGUUUAGUAAAGAAAAUGGU